AUGGCAAACUACACCGUCCCUCACAAGGCUACACUCCCAGAUGGGCUCCAGCCUGGGUCCGUGAUCCGAGUUAGGGGUACCAUUCCGGCCAAUGGAAAUCGCUUCUACGUGAACCUUCUGUGCUCCGAAAGCUCGGCGGCAGACACAGUCCUCCACUGUAACCCGCGCCUGGACUCGGGGGAGAUGGUAUUCAACACCUUCCAGGAUGGAGCAUGGGGUCAGGAGGAGCGGAGCCCCAGCGUUCCCUUCCAUCGAGGCCAGUCUUUCGACCUGUUCAUCAUAGCAGCCGGCGACUCCUACAAGGCCGUGGUGGAUGACAUUGUAUUCCACCGCUUCUCGCACCGCCUGCCUAUGCAGCUGGUCCGGGUCCUGGAGGUCGGGGGCGAUGUGCAGCUACAGAGUGUGUCUGUCCUCUGA